UUUCCAAGACACUGCCGGGAGCAGGCCAAGAGCGCUACGGAUUUACCAAAACUUCAUCAAGAGAAGAUGGAAAAAAGGUGGCUCUUCUCCCUCUUUUGUUUGCUCUCGGUGCCCAGCAUUGCAGGCCAGCCUCAAGGCGUCAUUACAGAAACAGAAGUGGUCCAUGCUUUGCUGGGUACUGAUGUGACGCUGGUGUGCAGCUUCCCAAAACCACAUACCACCUACAUAAUACAGACACAGUGGUCCAAGACUGAUGACACCGAGUUUACCAGAAUAGCUGUUUAUCACCCCGUUUAUGGCACCCAUUACUUUACAUUCCCUGAGGCUCCUUACAACUUUUCGGUGUCCUUCAGCACGAGGAAGUGUUGCGACUGGGAUGCUACAGCGGCUUUCUGUUCCUCCAAUCCAAACGUCACAUCUGAAUGCAGUCAGUGGGCUCUGCAUCUGAAAAACAUUACUGUCUCCCUUAGCGGGCAGUACGAGUGCAGUUUUGCUACUUACCCCUGUGGGACAAAGGCUGCAAAAAUUCAACUUAUUGUCGAGGCGGAAGAGGAGCAGCACUACGUGAAGGAAGUGUGGUUAAACCAGACUUUAGAAAUUCCAUGCCUUGAGGACACGACCUCAGAAAAUUUAUCCAGUUAUUCUUUGAAAUGGCUAGUGGGAAUAGAGCUGGAGCCCUCCUGUCCUGCAGUGUACAAGAACAGCAGCGUGCUGUACAGGCAAAGAGUCCACCUGGGUUUGAAUAACACUCUGAAGAUUUUCCCCACUAAAAUCAUGGAUGAUGGCAGGGUGUUUUCCUGCCAUGUGGUGUAUCAGCCAGAGAGGGUCCGGAAGAGCAGCACCACCGUGAGAGUAUUCGCCUACCCUGAGAUCUCUGUUAGCCUGCAGGAGGGCUCAGCUGGCACCUCGCAGAAGCCUAAUGUGAGCUGCAUCGUGAGGAAGGCAUUUCCCAAACCGAGCCUCCUGUGGUAUGUGGACAGAACGAGCCUGACUGAGCAGCCUGGAGAAAUUUCUGUUGAACAAGAAGACUUGCAAGACAGUGAAGGUUUCUAUCAGCUGAGAUCAACGCUGACAUUGCAAGGGACCCACCAGACACAUAAGACAUUCUCAUGUGCAUGUCUGUUUUCCUUUUUCGGGAACUCAACAUGGAAUAUUUCAUCAGAAGAAAUAUUUGUUUCCCUUGACAAUAAGUCUAAUGAAGCCUCAUUCGAAGAUUUUGCCAGCACGGCUUCAGAAGACCUUGGAAAUUCAGCACUUCCAUCAGCUGUCAUGACUACCUCAGAGCAUCAGUCUACAUCUUUGACCUCUCUAGAUUUCACAAGUCAAGCAAGCUUGGCUCCUGCUUCCACAACACAAGCAGGAGCGCCGAUUUCUACCGCAGAGACAGAAAGCCAUCCCAGUGCCCCAGCAUUCAAUGAGAGUUUGACAACAGCAUGUAACCUGUCCUUCAGCAUCACAGACCAGCCAAUUUCAGUUACCAAGGGAAAAGAUUUCUUUACUACCAGCAGUCUGCUCAAUAGUACUGGUGGCAGCAUAAGGAACACGAAAGCCAGUCGCUUCCCCUGGCCAACAGUGGUAGCCAUCCUGCUCCUCUUCUGCAGCUUUCUGAUAGCUUUAGGCAUCAGGAAAUGGUGUCAGUACCAGAAAGAGAUUAUGAACAGACCUCCGUCUUUCAAGCCACCGCCACCUCCGAUAAAGUACACCUCCAUGGUGGAGUCUGACGGGACUCCCCCAUCCUGCCACGAACUGGAAAACCUGUAACAUCGCCCACACCCCUUGUGCAGCGUGCAGAAGACUGACACAGCUGAAAGGCUCUGCCUUUAAAGCAGAGAUUACAGGAGUUCGGUGUUAAUGACCCACAUUAAAAUUCAGAGCCCCUAAAUGACAUUAAUGUUGGAAGCUGAGCGCUCCGGAGGACACUUACUUCAUCCUGUCUGUCUCUCUGCACGCAUUACGUUAACACCGCUGUGAGUGUCACCGUGAGAUUACACGUGCUUAAUUUGAGUUGGGUGAUCAACUGGGAAUUUGCUGUCUUGUUAAUGGGAGCAGAUUAACACAUCACUCCGCCAG